AUCAUGUUGCAUUCCUCCCACCAGAUUGGAUGAAGCAUCAGUGUGUGUGUGCAGUGCAGUAAGACCUGUCUGUACAAUGAAACCAUGUGACGAUGUGGUAACUGCAAUGGUCAGUACUUCUAGGUCCCAGGAUUUUCUGCUUUCUUUUCAUUCCCAGAAGAGAGAAAAGCAGCAUGAGGAGUCAGAACCAGAGCAUCGUGUCCAAGUUCCUCCUCCUGGGGCUCCCCAUCCAUCCAGAGCAGCAGGGCAUGUUCUUUGCCCUCUUCCUGUGCAUGUACCUGACCAUAGUGCUGGGGAACCUGCUCAUCAUCCUGCUCAUCAGGCUGGACUCUUGCCUCCACACCCCCAUGUACUUCUUCCUCAGCCACCUGGCCCUCACAGAUGUCUCCUUUUCCUCUGUCACUGUCCCUAAAAUGCUGAUGAACAUGCAGACACAGGAUCAGUCCAUACCCUAUGCAGGGUGUGUAACACAGGUGUAUUUUUUCAUAUUUUUUGCUUGCAUUGAUAACCUUCUUCUUGCUGUGAUGGCCUAUGACAGGUAUGUGGCUAUUUGUCACCCUCUACACUAUGCCAUCAUCAUGAGGGAGGAGCUGUGCAUAUGUCUGCUGGCUGGAUGCUGGCUCCUUUCCUGUGCCUAUGCCCUGACCCACACCCUCCUCCUGGCUCAACUAUCCUUCUGUGCUGAUAACAUCAUUCCCCACUUCUUCUGUGACCUUGCUGCCCUGCUUAAGCUGUCCUGCUCAGACACCUCUCUCAAUGAGCUGGUCAUAUUCAGUGCAGGGGCUGCAGUUUUCAUUUUUCCACUGAGUGGCAUCUUGGUCUCUUAUGGCCGCAUUGGGCUCUCCAUCCUGAGGGUCCCCUCUACUAAAGGGAUCUUCAAAGCCUUGUCCACCUGUGGCUCCCACCUCUCUGUGGUGUCUCUAUUCUAUGGGACAAUUAUGGCCCUGUACUUUUCCCCCUCAUUUGGCCAGUCUCAUUACAAAGGCAUCAUUGCUUCUGUGAUGUACACAGUGGUCACCCCCAUGCUGAACCCUUUCAUCUACAGCCUGAGGAACAGAGACAUGACAUUGGCUCUGGGGAUUCUUAUCAGAAACAACAACCUUUUCACCACAUGAG